AUGUCAUCAAAAAGACCUUGUGUUGCAUGUGAAAAUAAAGAUACUAAUAAUGGUAUAUUCAAAUGUGAAGGAUGUUUACAAAUAUUUUGUUUAAAACAUACGAAUGAACAUCGAUAUUUUCUUGAUUAUCAAUUAGAUGAUAUUAUUCUUGAACAUAAAACUCUUUUCAAUGAAAAUCAACAACAAUCAUCUUUAUUAUUUGAUCAAAUCAAUCAAUGGGAAAAAGAUUCGAUUUUAAAAAUUAAACAAACAGCACAAAAUACACGUAAAGAACUUCAAGAAUUAUUUGAAUCACAAAAACAAUAUACUAAAGAAAAUUUUUCUGACCUAGCAAAACAAUUAGAAAAUGCUCGUGAAAAUCAUGAAUAUAUUGAAAAUGAUCUUUCGCGUUGGAAAAUUCUUUUAGAACAAUUUAAAUAUGAUUUAACUAUUCUUUCUCCAUCAGUUGUUCUCAAUCAAGAUCAAGAUGAAACAUUAAUUAAAAAUAUAUCGAUUUCAAAAAUAAAUGAACAAACAAUUUUAAAUGAAACAUUAGUCAGUGAUUCGAAUCAUAUUCAAUUUGAUGAUAAUCAUCAUAUAGCUAUGCAUUGUGGUCCUUAUCGAACUCCUGCUUAUAUAAAUGGUACUCAAGAAUAUUCAUCGGGUCAAUAUAAAAUAAGAUUAUUUAUUAGUAAAAAAACAAGUGAAUUUAUUCUUUCGUUUAACAUCAUGUCGAAAUUAAUGGAAAAUUCAGCUGAAUCAGAAAUUUUAACGUAUGGUUGGCAAAGUGAUGAUUUUAUUAUUCCUUCACAAUAUUAUUCACCAAAUGAACAAUUUUCUCCUGAUUUAAAAGGCAAAACAAAAUUUCAUAUCGAAUUUUUAAUUGAUUGUGAUAACACGAAAAUUAGUUAUUUUAAUGAAAAAACAAAACGAACACGUGUAAUUAAUGUUGAUAUUGAAAAAUGUCCUUUACCAUGGAAACUUUACUUUUAUCUAUAUGAUGUUGGAGAUUCUGUUCGUCUUCUUUCUUCAACUCAGAUAAAAACUAUUUCAAACUAA